AGCGGCGUGCGGGCGUGGGGCGAGAUGGCGGCGGGAAGAGGAAAGCGUGAGGCGCUCCCGGCGGGAAAGGGGAAACGCGCCAGGACCGGCCCCAGCGCGGCAGAGGCAGAGGCGGCCCCGGCCGGAGCCCCGCAGGAAUACAGCAUCCCACCGCCCGUGUCCCAGGGUAAAUGGAAGAAUAAGGAGCGAGUGCUGAUAUUCUCCUCUCGUGGAAUUAAUUUCAGAACAAGGCACCUAAUGCAAGACUUAAGAACAUUGAUGCCUCACUCUAAAGCAGAUACUAAAAUGGACCGUAAAGACCAGUUAUUUGUAAUUAAUGAGGUGUGUGAAAUGAAAAACUGCAAUAAGUGCAUCUUUUUUGAAGCCAAAAAGAAACAGGAUCUCUAUAUGUGGCUUUCAAACACACCACAGGGACCAUCAGCUAAAUUCUUAGUGCAGAACGUUCACACACUGGCUGAAUUGAAGAUGACAGGAAAUUGCCUAAGGGGCUCACGGCCCCUCUUGUCUUUUGAUCCAAUAUUUGACAAGGAGCCACACUAUGCCCUGCUAAAAGAAUUGUUUAUUCAGAUAUUUAGUACACCACAGUAUCACCCCAAAAGCCAACCUUUUGUCGAUCAUGUUUUCACCUUCACCGUUACAGAUGAGAGGAUCUGGUUUCGGAAUUACCAGAUAAUAGAAGAAGAUGCAUCUCUAGUAGAAAUUGGGCCUCGUUUUGUCCUGAACCUCAUAAAAAUCUUCCAAGGUAGCUUUGGAGGACCAACUCUGUAUGAAAAUCCUCAUUACCAAUCCCCAAAUAUGCAUCGACGGCUGAUAAGAUUGUCAGUGGCAGCUAAGUUUAGAGAGAAACAGCAUGUGAAAGAAGUGCAAAAGGAGAAGAAAAAAGCGAGUAAGGUCCUUGUUAAAGAAGAUCCUACCGAAGUGGUCUUUGAAACUCCAGCUGAAGAAAAGCCGGUGGAAAUACAGCUUGUGAAACCAGAGUCAAAGCCAAUUGUUAAGGAUAAAAAGAAACUACGCAAAAUUCAGAGGAAGAAACAAAAAAAGCUAUUCAGAACUGAAGCAUCAGCAUAAAUGUUGCAAGGGUGGAAACUAGCUAUAUUGACAUAAUAUUGUAAAUAAUUGUUUCUACAGGCAAAACUAUUUGGAGUUCAGUUUUAAGUAAACAAAAUAUCCAUUUCUUUAUUAGGAUUGCGUGUGUGUUCUU